UCGUGCUCUGUCACCUUGGCCGUCAUGUUUGGCUGAAACUUUCAAAGAUCGAUUGUGAAUAAAUUUAGUUGAGCAAUGACAAUUUCUGGCUUUUGUAUGGAGUAAAAUCAAGGAGAGUUAGAUAUAUUCGAGCCUACAGCAAUGGACACUGCUUGCGAUGUAUCUCCGGAGGAAAAUUAUGUCCUGUUCAAGCAGGACAGUCUGUUUGCGGAAAGUUUUCCUUUGAUGAAGGAGAUCCGACGUCAGGGAAAACUGUGUGAUGUUACUCUGAAGGUUGAUAAUCAUUCCUUCUCCGCCCACCGAAUUGUGUUGGCAGCUACAAUUCCUUACUUUUAUGCAAUGUUUACUCACAACAUGGCUGAAAGCAGGAUCAAAGAAAUCACAAUGAAAGAAAUUGAGCCACAUGCUUUAGAAAGUUUGAUAAAUUUUGCCUACAGCGGGGUGGUCAAAAUCGACAACCAAAACGUUCAAGGUCUUAUGGUUGGAGCAUCCUUUCUGCAGCUAAGUAAAGUCCGUGACGCGUGUGCGGAUUUCCUGAAGAGCAGAUUCCAUCCGCAAAACGUACUCGGAAUACGACACUUUGCCGAUACCCUUGGCUGCUCCCAAUUGAUGACCUCGGCCGACCGCUACAUUCAUCAGUAUUUUUCCAAGGUUGCCACUUCGGACGAGUUUCUCGCGCUCAAAUUUGAGGAGCUUAUCGACAUUGUGCGGCGUGACGAGCUCAACGAUUCCGAAGAGCGCAUUUUUGAAGCCUGUAUGAAGUGGGUUAAAGUAGACCAAGAGACUCGCUCUGGAUAUUUGCCAAACAUUCUGGCAAACGUACGUUUGCCCCUGUUGCCGCCCCAGUUUCUAGCAGAUAAUGUCGCCACCGAAGAGCUUAUACGGACUUCGCACAAAUGUCGGGAUUUGCUGGACGAGGCUCGCGAUUUUCACCUGAUGCCGGAGCGCAGGGCACUCGUGUCGGCUUGCCGAACCAGGCCGCGCUGCUGUGAUUAUGUCGUGGGGCAAAUAUACGCCGUAGGAGGAUUGACCAAAAAUGGUGAAUCGGUAAGCACAGUGGAAAUCUACGAUCCUAUCACCAAAGAGUGGAAAAUGGGAGAGGCAAUGUCAAUGUUACGAUCCAGGGUAGGAGUAGCUGUGAUGGAUGGCAAGCUGUAUGCAUUCGGAGGAUUUAACGGAACAGAGCGAUUGUCUACUGUUGAAGUGUACGAUCCCAUGCAGAAAAAGUGGAGCCAAGGGAAGGCAAUGCGAUGCAAGCGUAGUGCCGUCGGAGUGGCUGGGCUUGAUGACUUGGUGUAUGUGUGCGGAGGAUAUGACGGAGUUACUAGCUUGAGCACGGUUGAAUGCUACUCUCCAAAAACGGACUCGUGGACGACAGUUGCACCCAUGAUGAAAUACCGGUCUGCAGGCGGGGUAGCUCCACUUGGUGGGUAUGUCUAUGCGUUAGGUGGACAUGAUGGACUGUCAAUUUUUGAUUCUGUGGAACGAUAUGACGUAGCGAACAACACAUGGACCAAGGUUCGUUCUAUGUUAAGCCGACGGUGUCGCCUUGGUGUUGCAACUCUUAACGGAAAGCUGUACGCGUGUGGAGGAUACGAUGGUAGCUGUUUCCUACGAUCUGUUGAAGUUUACACUCCAGAAAACGAUCAGUGGCAGCUUAUAGCUCCGAUGAACGUGAAACGCAGCAGAGUUGCUUUGGCCGCCAACAUGGGUAAACUUUGGGCUAUUGGAGGAUACGAUGGAGAAUCGAACUUAUCUACAGUAGAAGUUUAUGACCCGAAAACGGAUACAUGGACUUUUGUAGCACCGAUGCGUCAUCAUGGAGGCGGUGUGGGCGCGGGAGUUAUACCCAAUGUAGUCAUAUAGGAAUACUGCUGAAUAGCUCAGCUGGUGUGAUUUGGCUAAGUAUUUGUGUCUGUGUUUUGUAAAUUAUUAAGUUGAUUUUAAGAAUUGAUCCUCAUAUGUACUAAAGGUAGGGCUUCGUUGCAAUCUCGAAUUAAGCUGUAGGGCCAUAAAUGUGAAUAUCUUUAACAAAUAUACUUUAAGUAAGGAAACCAUUGUGAAUCGCUAUAAGAUGAAUAAAUCGUGACUAUUAAAUCAACAGUA